GAUGUCACAAGGAAGAAAGAAGCCAUGCUAGAAUAAAGUGGACACGAGAGGAGACAGCCAGUACUGGUGGCUGGGGCAUCCCGAUGUGAGCGGUGAAGCCAGGGAGACCAGGGCUGGGAGAACACUGAGGGGGAAAACAGGAUUUGACUUCACUGACUGUUGUCCCUGUCCUCCCAACCUCCUCCAGGUACAUGGUGCGGGUCCGAGCUGUGGUGAUGGCCCGAGAUGACUCCAGUGGGGGCUGGCUGCCUGUGGGGGGCGGGGGCCUCAGCCAGGUGAGCGUAUGUCGGGUCCGAGGGGCCAGGCCCGAGGGGGGGGCCCGCCAGGGGCACUACGUCAUCCACGGGGAGCGCCUCCGGGACCAGAAAACCACCUUGGAGUGCACCCUGCGGCCAGGCUUGGUUUACAACAAAGUAAACCCCAUCUUCCACCACUGGAGCCUGGGAGACUGCAAGUUCGGACUGACAUUUCAGAGUCCUGCAGAGGCUGACGAGUUCCAGAAGAGCCUGCUAGCUGCGCUGGCUGCUCUGGGCCGAGGCUCGCUCACUCCCUCCUCUUCCUCCUCCUCCUCCUCCUCCCCUUCCCAGGACACUGCCGAGACUCCCUGCCCUCUGACGUCCCAUGUGGACAGCGACUCCUCCUCUAGUCAUAGCCGCCAGGAGACGCCACCGGCUGCAGCAGCAGCCCCCAUCAUCACCCUGGAGUCAGCUUCUGCCUUCGGGCCGGCCACGCCCCCCCAGCGCCGCCGUUCCUCCGCUCAGAGCUACCCUCCGCUUCUACCGUUCACCGGGCUUCCAGAACUGGCGGAGUCCGUGGCGGGGGCCGGCGGCCAGGGCUGGGGCGGACGCGGCUAUGAGGAUUACAGGCGCCCCGGGCCUCCCCCGCCCCUGGCCCUGUCCACCUGCGUGGUGCGCUUCGCCAAGACUGGCACGUUGAGGGGUGCGGCCCUGGGUCCCCCCGUGUCACUACCUGCCCCUCUCACCGAGGCUGCACCCCCAGCACCCCCAGCCCGCCCACCCCCGGGCCCAGGCCCUACCCCUGCACCCGCCAAGGCCUCCCCUGAGGCCGAGGAGGCAGCGCGCUGCGUGCACUGCCGUGCGCUCUUCCGCCGCCGCGCAGACGGGCGUGGUGGCCGCUGUGCAGAGGCCCCGGACCCCGGUCGCCUACUGGUGCGCCGACUCAGCUGCCUGUGGUGCGCCGAGAGCUUGCUCUAUCACUGCCUGUCGGACGCCGAGGGCGACUUCUCGGACCCCUGCGCCUGCGAGCCAGGUCACCCGCGCCCCGCCGCGCGCUGGGCCGCCCUGGCGGCGCUCUCCCUGGCAGUGCCCUGUCUCUGCUGCUACGCCCCCUUGCGCGCGUGCCACUGGGUCGCUGCAAGAUGCGGCUGCGCGGGCUGUGGGGGUCGCCACGAGGAAGCUGCGCGGUGAGGACUGCCUGGCGGGUCCGGUUGCUGGACCAGACCAAGGACCCCAACUUAAGGGUCCAGGACCCCAGACUUGGUUCGAAUCUAAAACCCAAACCUAGGCACAUUUGGAACUUGAAGCUUGAGUUUGGACUGAGAAAUCCCAGACCUGGAACCUGGACCCUAGAUCGAUGACUGAGUAGCACCAAGCCGAGUUUCAUUGGGAUAUCUGUCAAGAGCACCCAGGCCUGAGUUCUGGAUUCUCCAUCCUUCUUCCCUGCUGAGGACACUCGCUACUCCCCGGACUGCAUUUCAGAGGGCCUGGGAAGCACACAGAUCUUUGAGAGAUGUAGGGACCUUGAGCCCUGACUCCCUAUGCAUUUGACCAACUCAGACCCCCUUCACACUGGCACCAUAACCCUCAGAUUAUAAUAGCCCCAUAAUUAGGAGUUGCCAAUACCUGUUCCUGCCUGUAUCCAGUUACUCCCAGAUCUUGAGACCACAGGUCCCCAAAUCACCCCCAAAUGGUCCCUGAAUGUUCAUAUGGGACCUGGUACUCCACAUCUGAGAUGUUCUUAUAGUCCCAGGACCCCUGAGACAUCAAACCCUGGAAUCAGCAGAUGCUGGCCUCAAGUCUACUCACUACUGAGUGCCCCACAGACCUGGCCUUUGAUCCCGGACACCAAGAUCUAACUUGUACACGUGACCCCAGAUGUCCUAGGACUGGAGACUUAAGAUGCGUUGAGUUCUUGGAUAUGCACAAACAUGAGAUGUUCUCUGACCAAAAUGAUUUAGGAGACCUGUCCCAGAACUUCACGGGUACCAGACACCAAGAUGCUGUGCAGAUAAGGAAUUGAAGACCUUUGUAGGUUCACCCACCCCCAAACCAGUGUUCUUGGGGGCUUUGAAUCUCAUAUAUGAACUCUGAGGUGUGUGAUAUUCCCAGCGUUUCACUGAAGGCCACCAGUACCUCAGGGCCCAAAGACACUGUCUCAGAUCUUCAAAAAGCCCUCUUUCAGUCCACCUCGGACCUGAACGUUGAGACCCAAAAUGCCCUAGAAUCCUUGGCUUCCUUGUAUCCACAGAUCCCCGGUCACCUAAAGGCUAGGUGGAAGUCCAGCUCCUAGAAGAUGGGAUGGCAAUCCAGACCUCAACCCUUGGCAUCCAGCUCCUGAGUGACCCCAGGGUGCUUUAAGAGCACUGGAUCCCAGACUCCAAGGUGCCAUUGACCGUCAGAUGCAGGGCUUGGGCCCUGACAACAUUGGGCUUGUUCCUAAUUCAAGACCUUGGUCCUUCCAUACCACAGUCACUCAGAUCCAAGAUGACCCAGGACCCUAGCACCCUCGGAUACCAGAGUUCUUGGACUCAAACUUGUCUAACCUGAUGAAGUCCCAAGAUGCCUCUAUGCCCGAUUCCUUGGGCUUGGCUUGGAACUGUUGCCCUGUGAAUCCUGCCGUGCACAGGCCCCUGAGACCCCAAGCUCCUGGACUUUGGAAUUCUAAUUUUCAGGACCCCAGCCCAGUACCCUAGCAAUCCUCAGAAUUGCCCUUAUCCUAAAGUUCAUCACCUUGAACUCAGAUGCCCAGAUUCAGGUCUACCCAGGAGCUCCCCAUCCCCACCUCCAGGGCGCAGUGUCACCACAGAGGAUGGUGCAGAUUCGUCCCUAAGCAAAGCGCCCAGCUGCAGUGGCAUGCUGGGGCUGCAGUCCCCACUGAAGCCUGCUGGCUGAGACGGGCUCUCAGGAAGGCCUGCCUUUCUCUCACUUGCACAAAGGCGCCUUUGGGGUGAACUGUGGUUCUGCUGACCCUUGUAAUCUCCAUCCUCGGAGGCCCUCCUUCAGCCCAGCCCUAGUCUAAGCCCAUCCUUCCGAGAGCCUCCUUUUCCAUCUUAGAGUUGGGGUGUGUUCUGGAAAACAAAAGCCUGUUUCAUGGCCCAUCCCCUAACAGGGAAGGGGGAUGCCACAGUCUCUCUGCCUUGCGUAGAGCGGGGUGUCCAAGUGUACCUUAAGAUCUGUUGUCCUGUGUGAUGGAACCGAGGCCUUAGAACAAGACAGUCCCAAUGUUUUGCAGGCUUGGACCUGCAUCUGGCCUCAAGCAUCUGGAAAUGUGCAUUUUCUUUAUUACCCAGACUUGGAUGGCCUUGUGGGGGUUCAAGGGAUAGAUCCUACUGUCACUUCCUUUAAAUUAUUAACUAUUUAUUGUA